GCUAACCAUUUGACUGCCAUGUACGCUUGACUCACGCAACAACGAGUCGCUUUGUUUCCUGCAGUCACCAUAAAAAUCUCACUGUUUUCCUGAACGUCUGCGUCUGAGCUGUCGCCUCGAACGAACCGAAGGAGGGCCUUCCAGUGUACAACGCUCCGAAACCCCCUGAAUCGCCAGAUGGGGAACACAGUUCAACCAAUGCGCAGUUCCUUCGCGAACGCUGACCUUGUAGUGUGUGUUCUGACGUCUCUGCCUGACUUCCAUUGCCUUGCAUCAACAAUCUUGACCUCAAAGACCAUCUACAACGUCUUUCAACAACAUCCUCGCUCGAUUGUUCGCUCUGUAGCUUACAACUUGGUUGGAGCAGCCUUACCACAAGCAUUACGUUUGGUCCGGUGCCAACAUGCGCAACUGUAUUCCAAGCCUGUUGGUGAACUCUUGGGCGAUGAUGAUAUUGAGAAAAAUCCAGUACUUUCCAGUGAAGACAUCACAAGACUUGUAGUCAUUUUCAACUCCGUUCAAGAGCUCGAAAGUCUGUUUAGCUGGAGAAUGAAAGACCGAAGAUUCAAGACAAGUCAACUCUUCUUGGCGGAGUCGACACGAUUCCAGAAAGCGAUGUACAGAUUGUGCUUGUUCUCGGCCGUCUACGGCCGCGAAGCUUACGAGUCGGGCUCUGACACUGACUCAGAAGAAAUGGAGUCGGAACUCCAAGAAGCCCAGACACUACGAAAAGACUUCUUUGGUAGUUUUUCCACUCCUGAGCUGAGAGAAAUCCAAAGGGUUGAAUCGUUUUUGCGGGAAAUAUUGGCUCGGGCUGAGACUGUUAUUUUUCCUGCGAUUCCACCUACAACCAACAGCCUUCGGUCAUGCUAUGCGCUAUAUUGCGCUCCCCACAACGUGCUUGAUGUGUAUAAGGAGGGAUUAGACAUUAUAGAUGACUGGAUGGACGAUACUGACGAAAGCUUCUUUCAUGACUUCAUGAUUGGGCUAACGUCUGUCUUGGUCGAGAGGAAAGAACCAUCUGUUCUUCCCGUUAACCAAAAGCAGCCUAUAAUUGACGAGGUCAUUGGAGAGCAUGAUCGGUGCUCGCAAUGUCAAUCCGACACUGUCCAGGGGUUGGAUUUAUGGGGACCAAGUAACUGGAGCUACCUACGGGGCCCUCCGCCUCAUCAUUCAAUUACGCACUUACUGAAAGGUAAUCUCUGCGCAAAUCUUGCAGACAUAGCGCAUUUCACGACUGUGCUGCGAGAGACAUCAUCUGAGCAGCUAUUCGGGGGGUUAUUCGAUUACAAAACAUCGGCUUAUAACACCUGGAACAAAGAGGACUGGCUAUGUCAACAAUGCUUGGAGAAGUUCAUGCGCGACCAUCUACAUAUCUGGUACCUGGGUCAGAAGGUUCAGGGAGGACACGCGAUUCCAGACAACUGCUGGUAUGGAUAUAACUGUCGUACCCAAACACACAAACGAGCACAUGCUCAAAAACUGAAUCACUGGUGUGAGCCUAUCAAGGGAGAUGCCCCUCCGACCCAGCUUUGAGCAUCACGAAUUUUCUUACGGCUCUCAAACCAUCAUUCAUCAUGCUUCGUUUGUCAUUUCGAAUACUUUGUAUUUUUCGUAGGCGUGUGCAGGGAUUUGGUUGCGAUAGAACUGGUUCGAACGUCUCGUGGCAGGCUCUUUGUAUUCAAGCAUUCGUAUUUAAAAUGACAUGCAAUAGUGAUU